UAUUAUUUACUAUCCGAAUUAUGUUCCAAAACAUGUCUGAAGAGAGACAAAGACCAGCAUCCAAACGCCGAUCCUUUACCAAAGCACAAGUUAUGAAGAAAGGCAAGGAAUUGAGCCCUAAAAGCCGUAGAAAUACCCAGUCUCCAAAAUUAAGCCAGUUUCUUGCCAAAAAGAUGACUUUGAAACAAAAGAUGGACUAUUUCUACCAUCCAUAUUCCACUAAGAAGCUUUCCUGGGACGAUGUGAAGCAAAAAUAGCCAGGAUAACUGGAAUUUGAUAUCUCAAUUCGUGCUCAAUAAACCUACUGAAUACUUAAAGUCGGUAUUUCAGAAGAAGAGGACGGAUCUGACGAAGCAGAUUUCAAGUGUAACAAAGGACACAGAGAAAAUUAGCGUGAAUCAGCUCAGAUCCUCAGUCACUGCGAGUAACCUGAGUUUAGGGUCGCCUAAAAAUCAAGAUAGGACAUCUGGAUAUGAGAUAGUAGAUGAUCCCUUCUUCGAAAUAACACCAACAGGAGAUGAUCAAACCAUCCAAAAAUCAACUGAGAAUCACAGUUCAGGACUCCUACUAUCCCCUCAAAAAUGCCGCACCAAAAAGACCAGAAUUCAUCUAAAACCCAGCACUUCUGAAGCCUAUAAAAAGACAUCCCUCCUAGUCAAAAGUAUCUCUGCCUCCAAACUCUACUCAGCUCUUGAUACUAAAAUCCUUUGAAAGAAAAAUCCUCAAAAAUAGGUUUAUUAGAACCAGGAAUAAUAAAAUCGACUUGGCAAAGACCACAAUUGGCCAGAAGAGCUACCUCUCCAAGAUCCAGGACAAUAUGAAGAGAAAUAGUAAGGCAGCUAGUGCUCCUGAUUACCAGAACAAAACUCAGCUGAUUAAGAAAAGAGUUAUCAGAGAUUCAGAAGACACUACAGAGACCUGCCGGGUUCCCCGGCAGCGCUCAAGAGUGCUCUUGAUAAAGAAAUUUAAGAAGGCUAAAAGUCCAAGGCCGAAACGAGAUAUCCUCGAGCAUCCUAGAUUGUUCUAAUCCAUUUUAUUCAUAAAAAUUGUAAGCU